UCGUCCCAAGAUGGCAGCCUCCCUGUUGCAACGCUGUUUAGGAGCUGUCAAAGUGAUCCAUAAAUGUGGGACUUACAGUUUUAUAGACAGAAGAUGUCUACUUUCAGCAGCAUACACAGACACCAAAUUAUGGGAGGAGAGAGAGAAAGAUCAUCAAAAUCUGGCAUUGAUGGCCGCCUUGAUGGACAGGAUUUAUGACCGAAAUUUCCCUGUCAGCUCUCUGACAAUAUCACGGUUUGUUGACAACAUAUCGUCAAGAGAAGAGGUUGAUCAAGCAGAGUACUAUCUUUAUAAAUUUCGCCACAGCCCAAACUGUUGGUACCUCAGAGACUGGACCGUCCACAGCUGGGUGAGACAGUGUCUCAGAUAUGGGGCCAGAGACAAGGCCUUACACACCCUCAAGAACAAGGUGCAAUAUGGAAUGUUCCCAGAUGAUUUCACAUUCAACCUGCUGAUAGAUUCAUUCAUUAAAGAUGAAGACUUCAAAGGUGCCUGUUCUGUCGUGGAAGAGGUGAUGCUUCAGGAGUCUUUUGAUCUACCAUCAACACAGAUCCUGUCCAUGUAUGCACUGAGCAGUUACCUAGCAACCAAACCAGAGCUCAGUGUGUCAGAGCAGAGGGCUCUGGGAGCAGCACUGCUGAUAUGUGGUCUGAAGCAGGACAACUCUACAGGCCUCAGCGCUCAACUGUUGGGUUGUGCUCUGCUAGGUAAGGUGGAGAUGGCGGCUGGGAUCCAUGCUGUGUUCAGGGGCAUGCCUCUGAUGUGGAACCCAGGGUAUCUGGGCCGGGCCCUGGCCAUUAUGGAGAGAGUAGCUGCCGCUCCUGGAGAUAGCAAACUAUCAAAGGAUGCCGUUGAUUACCUGGAGGGCCUGCUACAGGACCUCUCCUCUGCCUUGGACUCCAAGUCCUCCUCUGGUAAGGACGAGUUAGGAGGAGAGGAGGAGGAGGGGAAGAAGGAGGAGGAGGAUGAAGACGACCAGGAAGAGAGAGAAAAACUACCGCUCUAUGCCAGCAGGUUCAAGGAGCUGAGUGGGCAGCUCCAGUCUCGGGGUAAGGUGGACCCCAGUCCCCUGCAGGUGCUGGUCUCCAGCCUGGUCCAGCAGGGCCUGGCCUCAGCAGAGGGCCCUGACAUGGAGCAGUACCAGAGGAAGGUAGGGGAGUGGGAGGCAGAGAGGCAGCAGCUCAUCAGAAGAGAGAAGGAGAUGAGGGAGAGGGCUGAGGAAGAGAGACAGGCCCGUCAGGCAGCCAAGGCAGCCGCACAAUAGCGCUGAACACACAGCUAGAGGGUGUUCAUGGUGCAUUCCUUGCCGUGUAUACCACCACAAAGCAUCAAUACAUAUUACUGGUACUUUUUCAUAACCUGUGGGGUCCCUACAUCGUCUGCAGUGAAACAUACAUGAAAAGUGAGGGUCGUUUUUGAAAUAUAUAAUAUAAUCUGUUGUCUCCUGAAAUCAGUUUAUUUCAUGUAACCUUUUUGUUUGUGUCUUUUGUACAAAUGCCAUUCACAGUUUAGCAAUGUACCGUGAACAAGAUGUCAACUCCCCAUGAUAGAAUUUUGUCUGUAUUAAAUUAUCAUGAUCAAC